AUGGAGGGCGACAGGGCAGAUGGUAUUCCCAGCCUGUCCAUCAUCCCUUACGACAACAACCGAGAUGUCGUGCUCCGCAAUGCGGAUACCAUCGUCUAUCGUGAUCCACAGACGAAUCAACUGGUUCCGUUCCACCAUAACCAAGAAGUUGAUCGACGAUCGCCCAACUGCCCAACAUGUGGUCGAACCUGGCAUACACGAGAAGAAGCAUCUACUCAUGUCUCUGCAACAGAUGAGGUGGAAGACCAGCCGAGCUUCAUCACCCGGGACUACUUUGAUAUGCUAGCCAGAAGCUUGCCGAACUCAAACGAGAACUCGUCUCCCCCAUCUCCUAGGCGUCGUAUCGCGCAACCUGUUCGUUCAAGGCUCCAUCCGUCCUCUGCUGCCACCCAAACGCCACCUGCUGUAGCAGAGUUUGUCGGCAGUGAACCUGCCCCUCCCGCACAAGCUCAUGGCAUCUCCGAGACCGCCUUUUCACCGAAUUACUUUGAGAAGUUUUUCAUUGAGGAAAGGGAGCUGGGAAGAGGCGGACGAGGAGUAGUGCUGCUGGUCCGGCAUGUACUAGACGGAGUUGCACUUGGCCAUUUCGCCUGCAAACGUGUCCCCGUUGGUGAUGAUCACGCCUGGCUAGAGAAGGUGCUUGUCGAGGUCCAGCUCCUGACAACAUUGUCACAUCAAAACUUAGUAUCUUAUCGUCAUGUCUGGUUGGAGGACUACCAGACAAGCUCAUUUGGACCAAGCAUCCCAUGCGCCUUCAUUCUACAGCAAUACUGUAAUGGAGGAGACAUGCACAAUUACGUUCUCGGCUCGGCACAGGCGACAACGACCACCCAGGAUCUGAAAGAGCGACUUCGACGUCGGUCUAGAGGGGAGACGGAACUCCCUCGAAAAGAAAAUGAGCCUAAAAGACUCCCAUUCGAUGAAAUCUACAGCUUCUUCAGAGACAUUACCUCCGGCCUGCGCUUUCUUCACCACAAUAAUUUCAUCCAUAGGGAUCUGAAGCCAAGCAAUUGCCUGCUGCAUACCGUCGGUGGGGAAACUCGAGUUCUAGUGAGCGAUUUUGGAGAAGUUCAGUAUGAAUUUGCCACCCGCCGGUCGACAGGCGCGACUGGGACCAUCUCUUAUUGCGCGCCGGAAGUCCUACGCAGAUUAUCGCCAGGAGGGCCGUUCGGCAACUUCACUGCCAAGUCCGACAUAUUCUCUCUGGGAAUGAUUCUUCACUUUCUCUGUUUCGCCACUCUCCCGUAUCAUGCCUCGAACGUUCUGCAUGAGGAACGUGAGGAUGUGGACGAGUUGAGGGAAGAGAUUAUGAGCUGGGAAGGCUUUGAUGAUCAUCGAAAGCUGAGACCAGAAUUACCCGAGGCUCUUUAUGCCUUUCUAAAACGGCUUCUUUCACUAGACCCGGAGACGCGGCCAACGGCAGAUGAUGUACUCCAAGUCGUCGCGUCCGGGAGGCUUGAUGAUAUCCCGCCUGCUCGGAGGAAGAAUUCGAUGGAGCCGGAGGAACUUACUCCCGGCAAGAGAAUCCAAAAGCUCGACUCACCGAGGCAAGGCAACUCGCCGCAAAGAGGACUGGGCCUCGAAAUGGGGCAAAAGACAAUCAGACGUUCUCGCCUUGGAUACGACGGCGCAACAACCGAUCGAAAGAAGCUUUCUACAUUCGCUGAUGGCCCCGCUGGUGAACGAGGCUACUCAAGCUCCGAAGGCGACGAAAUCGCCCAAGAAACAUCCAGGGGAGCCAGCUCGACCGGUCACAACUACCCCGGGCUGAGGACCAACAACAGGAACAGAAACAACAUCGUCCUACGCGCCCGCCAGCCUUCCGCUUCCGUGCCAACGUCCCCGAUCCAAAAAUCCUCCCAGCAACUACCACAACCAACCGACCCGCCCGUACGACAUCAACUGCUUCUAGGACCGCCACAGCCCGCCCCACCCCCCGGCACCUUCCUAGCUCGUAUCUCGCACCGUGCACGCACCCUAGCACACACUCACAUCGCAUCUCGUUCGACACGAUUGGCUAUCCUAGGCAUCAAGCUGAUCAGCACGCUUCAGCCCUGUCUGGCGUACGGCAUGAACGCCGCACUCGUCUACCCGGUCAUUGGUGUCGCGCUGGCGGAGUUCUCAGCCCCGGAUCUACAGCUCUGGAAGGCCGCGCUAGCCAUGCUCCUUCAUUUCGGGGUCCUGGUUUUCGCCCUUAGGUCCGGACAACUAUGUCGUGCCCCCGAGACUGUGUUGGCGUGGGAUUCGUAG